AUUGCUAAAGAGAUUGCAUAUGAUAAAGGAGGUGAAUGCCUUUCUGAAAAAUACAUUAAUAGUAAGUCUCUAAUGCUUUGGAAAUGCACCAUUGGCCACGAAUGGUCUACAACUCUUGAUUGUAUAAGGUACAAAAAAACAUGGUGCCCGUGGUGUGCGGUUGAAAAUCAUCAUAUUCGAACAAUUGAAGAUAUGAGAAAGCACGCAGAAAAAAAAGGAGGUCUUUGCCUUGCAACUGAAUAUAUUAAUAGACAGGAUCCUCUUGAAUAG